AUGGCCUUUUGGACUGUUCCAUACCGGGCCGAGGCGGUCGAUACAAAUCGGGACCCUAGCAUGUAUUGGGAGGAUAUCAACAGCGCCAGUACCGAUGACGCCCACAACGAUUUCUUUGGCCAGUUCGUCGACUUUGAUGCCGAUGGUACCAUUACGGCCACGACCGACAAUGACUUCAACACGGUGCCAGCUUCUAUGCCCGGCGUGCCAGAGUCUAUGCUCUUAAUGGGGGACCGUACUGUCGCAACCCUAGAAAGCGCCGUCUCAUCCUGCGUUUCGUCCGCCGAUGAGUUUGACUUCCUCUCUAGCAGCUCUCGCAUUGGCCCAACUGCCUCGGCCGCCAGUCACGAAAUCGACCCCAAGGACCUCACGUUAAGUGCCGAUGAACUUGCUCAUCCAUCUCAGCAGCAAUUUGACUAUCUUGGGAGAGGAUCCAUGUCCGAGGCAGACCUCAGCAGACUUGAGAGUAUUUCUCUGCAUUCGCCGCAGAGACCGCAGAAUACAACGUCGUCAGAUACACCAUCUCCAAAACCUCCCAACACCGAUGCCCGGAGGCCCAAGAAGUUUGUGGAAGCCUUGUCUUCCACAAUAAGAAAGGCAACAAAUUUGCGACGAAAUAGGAAAGCAGCGGCUGUGCCCCGGCAGGUAUCACCACCACAAGAACAUCUACAGCCUCUGAAGGUACCUAAGCAAAGGCGAGGAAGAGGCCGAGCUGUGACGCAGGGCAAUCUACCCGUAUCUCCUCCACUUCAACAGCAAGAACAAGCUACUCCCCAUUUCAUCCAUGGGCAGUGUGAUGACCCCUUCAACGACACCGCUCUUCUGCCGCCUGGAGGUGUCAAUCUUCAGUAUUAUGGGCAGGUUGCUCCGGAUACCCCCGUAGAAUCUCCAGGUGUAAAGAGCGAAACUAAUCAGAGUCAUUUCCAAGUCGAUAUGGCUUGGCAACAUCACCAUCAUCCCCACCAUCAUCAUCAACAGCAACAGCAUCCUCCUCCUCCUCCUCACCCUCACCCUCACCAUCAUCAGCAGCAGCAACAGCAGCAACAGCAUCAGCAUCAUCAACAGCAGCAGCAGCAGCAACACCAGAUGCAUUGGACAGGCACCGGAGGCGAGUAUAUCACCAGCCAGGAGGCCGGUUGGUGGACCCCGAAUAUGAUGAGUCAAGGACCAAACGACUUUUCUCAUCACCAGAGGAGUGCUAGCGUUCAUGUUAUGGGGCAUGGCCAGCACACAGGGAUGCCAUAUGACUACGGAGCUAUUGCCGACACCAGCACGGGUGGGCUUAUGAUUCACAUGCCUCAGCCUCGAGGCUCCCAGUCAACUGUGGUCAAUGACUUGACAGUCAACGCGCAGACGUUUCUUCCACCGCCACCCCCCAUUCCUCAGGCUAUAGGGCAGAAGAUGCCUGGUUCAGAGAGAUCUCAUCGCCCUCCCAAGGCCAAGUCGUCUGGAGCAAGACACUUGUCUUGCUCCCCUGUGCGAAAACAGCGAGGGCCAUCAUCUUCGCCGACACCCGCGGAUCAGUCUGCUGUCCCCCGAUCUCGCCACAGCUCUGGGGCAUCUGUGUCAUCGUUAAGGAGCAGCUCCGGCCGUCUCCCUGCCAGCAUGCCUGGCACCCCAUGUAGUGUUCGCAAACGCCGCUCUCGAGAUAUCAGUGGCUCAAACAGCGCCACGUCUUUGGGUGGUAGCGACGGAGCCAGCGGGAUCGGUUUCGUCAACUUUACACCAAAUGACGGCAGUGUGCUCAUGACAGGCGUCGCCCCCAGUGGAAGUUCCAAGACAAAGGCGCGCCGUGAAAAGGAAGCCCAGGAUCGACGCAGACGCCUGAGCGAGGCCGCCAUUAAAGCUGUAGCCGCCGCUGGGGGAGAUGUUGACAAAUUAAUAGAGCAGGGGUUUGCUUUUUGA